AUGUUUGGAAUUGAUACCAUAAUUGGUCUGGCAUCGCUUGCUAUCACGAUACCUGGCUUGGUGCAGACCUUCGUCCAUGCGGGCCGCUGGCUUUCCGAAAAGCUUCCAAGAGCUCCAGAGUCAACGGAAAUCGCUUACAUACAAGACUUCUUCCUAUUCUUGGAUCGCGGCACUAUGCGAAUAACUCUGGAGACAGUUGAGGACCUGUAUAUUGAUACGCCUGACACAGUCUUGAGGUCUAGCCUCGAAAAGAGCGCUAAGCAAAUAUGGGCCAAUAUGACUGAACUGGAAAGGCAAAUCCGCUUGCUGAAUUCCCUUAAUAAUAAUGAAAGACAAGUAAAAAAGGCAACUGAGGCUGCUCUAGCUACCAUUAGGCAAAUUUACGAUUUGGAGACCCAGCUCCGAGCAUAUGUGCAAGUGCAGAUAGCCUCUCGGGCUGUACGGUCACGAUUUGAGUUUCGCAGGACCCAGUUUUGCCUCAUUGUGCCGCCCACAAAAUUGCCCUACUCAACUUCAAAUGUCGCCCUGUGCGACUUCAAACUUCAGAAUCGAAGAGGUUCAGAAACUUGUCUCGUUCAAGAGAAGGUUUUUCCUGGGUUAUCCUCCAAGCAUGCGUACGAGAGUGCCGUGGAUUUAGCCAGGACUAUCCAGUUUUCCGACUCUCCCAAUGGUCUGCUUGAACUGGCAGGCUUUCAGGUCCAGACUUCAUCUCCCCUAACAGACGAUCGUUUUCAGUUUGUCUUUUACUUUCCAAAAGAUCGCAUGAAUCCACGGUCGUUUCGCGAUAUCCUCCUGGAUCCUGUCAACAAACCGAUACCUCCAAUACCUCGGAACUACCGCUUCAUUCUCCCACGGAAACUUGCAGAGGCGGUCUAUCGAGUACACCAGCGAAAUCUAGUCCACAAGUGCAUUCGCCCAGAGAGCCUUCUGCUCUUCGAGCCUACCCCUGGAGACUUCCCCGCGAUAAAAUAUCCGAACGUGAUUGGGACGCUUUUCCUCGCCGACUGGGAACAUGUUCGAAAGACUGUUGAGGCUUCUAAACGACAAGCUUAUGACGACUGGACCAUGGCAAUAUAUCAGCAUCCGGCGCGCCAAGCGCGACCUGGCAGUGUGGCCGAGUCCAGUUACAAUAUUGGCCAUGAUAUCUACAGCCUCGGAGUUUGUCUCCUGGAGAUUGGCCUUUGGGAUUCCUUCAUUGUAUAUUGCGAACGAAUUCCGAGACUCUCACCACUGUUAUCUGAUGCAAAAUCGAAAUGGAAAAGGGAGAAUAAUUUUGCCUGCCAAUCCAUGACAGAAGCACAGAUCGAGCAAAAAGUGUUUAUCACGCUUGCGGGAGAACGUCUUAAAUAUGAAAUGGGCGAAGCUUACUCAAAACUAGUGAUCAAGUGCCUGGCAUGCAUUGAGAAGGGCUUUGGGAAUGUUCUCAAGUUUGUGGACAGUGACAGUCGUGACUGGGAUGAACAGGGCGACCUGUUCAUUCAAGAAAUACGUAGGGGACUGGCAGAAGCCAGCACAAUGGGAAGCGGAAUCUAUAAUCGGAUUGCCUGA